GGAUCCGGCGGCGGGAAUAUGGCGGCCGUAACCGGGCCAGUAACGGAGAAAGUUUCCGACAAGACUGGCCUGUGCUAGAGCGUGCGGCCUCUGGCCCUCGACUCCCCUGGGGUCCCGCCUCCCCGCUGCGAGUCGCAGGCUCAGCCGCAAGGGCCCUCCCUUUACCGUGCUGGCCCCAGCGCCGACUCGGAGGGUUGAGAGAGUUGGUAGCAGCGGCCGAGUCAGAUCACUACAAACAAAUUCCACCAGAGAAAAUGCUGAAGUAGGAGUUACAGAAACAUUGGAUUUGCUGGAUGAAAUACAAGCAGUUAAUUUUUGUAACGUGGGGAGAAAGCCCAGAUUGACAGAUUAAUGUGUAAAUCACUGCGUUAUUGCUUUAGUCAUUGUCUCUAUUUAGCAAUGACAAGACUGGAAGAAGUAAACAGAGAAGUGAACAUGCAUUCUUCAGUGCGUUAUCUUGGCUAUUUAGCCAGAAUUAAUCUACUGGUUGCUAUAUGCUUAGGUCUUUAUGUAAGAUGGGAAAAAACAGCAAAUUCCUUAAUUUUGGUAAUUUUUAUUCUUGGUCUUUUUGUUCUUGGAAUUGCCAGCAUACUCUAUUAUUAUUUUUCAAUGGAAGCAGCAAGUUUAAGUUUAUCCAAUCUUUGGUUUGGAUUCUUGCUUGGCCUCCUGUGUUUUCUUGAUAAUUCAUCCUUUAAAAAUGAUGUGAAAGAAGAAUCAACCAAAUAUUUGCUUCUAACUUCCAUAGUAUUAAGGAUACUAUGCUCUUUGGUGGAGAGAAUUUCUGGUUAUGUCCGUCAUCGACCCACCUUACUAACCACAGUUGAAUUUCUGGAACUUGUUGGAUUUGCCAUUGCCAGCACAACUAUGUUGGUGGAAAAGUCUCUGAGUGUCAUUUUACUUGUUGUAGCUUUGGCCAUGCUGAUUAUUGACCUGAGAAUGAAGUCUUUUCUAGCUAUUCCAAACUUAGUUAUUUUUGCAGUCUUGCUGUUUUUCUCCGCAUUGGAAACUCCCCAAAAUCCAGUUGCUUUUGCAUGUUUUUUUAUUUGCCUGAUAACUGAUCCUUUCCUUGACAUUUAUUUUAGUGGACUUUCAGUGACUGAAAGGUGGAAACCCUAUUUGUACCGUGGAAGAAUUUGCAGAAGACUUUCUGUUGUUUUCACUGGGAUGAUUGAGCUUACAUUUUUCAUUCUUUCAGCAUUUAAACUUAGAGACACUCAUCUCUGGUAUUUUGUAAUACCAGGCUUUUCUAUUUUUGGAAUAUUCUGGAUGAUUUGCCAUAUUAUUUUUCUUUUAACUCUUUGGGGAUUCCAUUCCAAAUUAAAUGACUGCCAUAAAGUAUAUUUUACUCACAGGGUAGAUAACAAUAACCUAGAUCGAAUCAUGGCAUCCAAAGGGAUGCGCCACUUUUGCUUAAUUUCGGAGCAGUUAGUUUUUUUUAGUCUUCUUGCAACAGCAAUUUUGGGAGCAGUUUCCUGGCAGCCAACAAAUGGAAUCUUCUUGAGCAUGUUUCUGAUUGUUUUGCCAUUGGAAUCUAUGGCUCAUGGCCUCUUCCAUGAAUUGGGUAACUGUUUAGGAGGAACAUCUGUUGGAUAUGCUAUUGUGAUUCCCACCAACUUCUGCAGUCCUGAUGGUCAGCCAACACUUCUUCCACCAGAACAUGUACAGGAGUUAAAUUUGAGGUCUACUGGCAUGCUCAAUGCUAUCCAAAGGUUUUUUGCAUAUCACAUGAUUGAGACCUAUGGAUGUGACUAUUCUACAAGUGGCCUGUCCUUUGAUACUCUACAUUCCAAACUGAAAGCUUUCCUUGAACUUCGGACUGUGGAUGGACCUAGACAUGAUACGUAUGUUUUGUAUUACAGUGGGCACACCCAUGGUACAGGAGAGUGGGCUCUUGCAGGUGGAGACAUACUACGCCUUGACACACUUUUAGAAUGGUGGCGAGAAAAGAAUGGUUCCUUCUGUUCCCGACUUAUUAUCAUAUUAGACAGUGAGAAUUCAACCCCCUGGGUGAAAGAAGUGAGAAAAAUCAAUGACCAGUAUAUUGCAGUGCAAGGAGCAGAGAUGACAAAAACAAUAGAUAUUGAAGAAGCUGACCCACCGCAGCUGGGUGACUUUACAAAAGACUGGGUAGAAUAUAACUGCAACUCCACUAAUAACAUCUGCUGGACUGAAAAGGGACGCACAGUGAAAGCAGUGUAUGGUGUGUCAAAACGGUGGAGUGACUACACUCUGCAUUUGCCAACGGGAAGCGAUGUGGCCAAGCACUGGAUGUUGUACUUUCCUCGUAUUACAUAUCCACUAGUGCAUUUGGCAAAUUGGUUGUGUGGUCUGAACCUUUUUUGGAUCUGCAAAACUUGUUUUAGGUGCUUGAAAAGAUUAAAAAUGAAUUGGUUUCUUCCUACCGUGCUGGACACAGGACAAGGCUUCAAACUUGUCAAAUCUUAAUUUGGAACCCAAAGUGGAAUAUUGUUGGGAGUUCAUUCUACCAGUUAUCACUAACUUGCCAUUUUUUGCAUAUUGUAUUUUUAUUUGUAAAAAAUAUCUUGUUACUUCUGUAGCUGCUCUCAUUUUGUCUUUUCUCCAGUAAUUAUGGUAUAUGUAAGGUGUUGGGAAUAAGCACUAUUUUAUACUAAAAAUAUGUAGGGAGUCACAAAUGUUGACUUUGUAAAUGCAUAAGAGAUGUUAAAAAUAAUAACAAUGCACUUUGAGGAAUGUUUGCAUAUGCCUCUGAUUAGAAAGAAGACACUCUGCUCUGCAGUGGCCAAUGAAGAAUUACUAAUGCCUUAUUUUCUAGGCAUAGAUUAAAGAAUGUAAACCAGACAAUUUGUUUACUAUUAUAAGAAAACUACCAAUUUGCUUACAGAAGAUUAUUUUUUGUGAACAGUAGGUUUGAGUUCAAGGCCAUUUGAAGAAUUACAAGCUCUCUCUCAGAAAAGGGAAAAAGGAAGAAGUCUGCUUAAAAUGAAUGCAAAAUUUGCUUGUAGUCCAUCACGUUUAGUUUCUUGGCUAUGACCUGUUAUCGGUAUCACAGAGAAGCCCAAAUCACUGUUUAAACAGGUCAAGACAUUCUUCAUAUAGGUAACUGUAAGAAGCUAGAGCCUACAAAUUGCUCCUUCAUGCAUUGUUAGGGGCCUAUGAAAGCACUGGCAGUUUUAAGGGUCUUUCUCAGGGUAACAAUGUUUUCUUAAUGAACAAUGUUUCCAGCUGCAAAUUCCUUCCAAAUAAAUUGUCUUCCCUUUCAAAAAGUAA